AUGGCUAUCAUCACAGAAGAACCAGAACCAGAGCCACAGCAUCAACAACCCCACAAACCCAAAUCCAAACCCAAACCCAAACCCAAACCCAAACCUCCCUCUUCUCCACCACCCCCUAACAACGACAACAACCCCUUCUCUUUCUGGUUCUACUUCACUCUCUCCGUUUCCCUCCUCACUCUCUUCUUCGUCUUCACCUCUUUCCACUCUCCUCGAGAUGGCAAAGCAUGGUUCCUCACUCUCCCCACUUCCCUCCGUCACCACUACUCCGACGGCCGCACCAUCAAGGUCCAAACUCACCCCAACGAAGCCCCCAUUCAAGUCUUCACCUUUCAAGAGGGUCCCACAUCGUCUGAAAACGUAGUCAUUGUACAUGGCCUGGGUCUUAGCUCAUACUCCUACCGCCAACUUGCCAAAUCUCUCGCCGCCAAGGGAGUGCACGUCACCACCGUCGACCUCCCCGGACACGGAUUCUCCGACAAGUCUGUGGAGGUGUCUGUGGAGGGGGUCGACGGGGUUUUGGGGCGGUUUCAGUACGUGUACAGUGAGAUUCAAGAGAAGGGUAUCUUCUGGGCGUUUGAUCAGAUGGUGGAAACCGGUCAGAUUCCGUACGAGGAGAUUCAAGCGCGUAUGUCGAAGAGAAAAGUGAGAAAGCCCGUUGAUUUGGGUCCACAAGAGAUGGGAAAAGUGUUGGGCGAAGUUAUCGAUUCGAUGGGGCUUGCACCUGUUCACUUGGUUCUGCACGAUUCCGCGUUGGGGUUGAGUGCUGAUUUUGUUUCUGAGAGAGCUGAGUUGGUGAGGAGCGUGACGCUUAUCGAUACAGCGUCGCAUGGGGCUUUUCCCCUUUGGGUUCUGGAGGUGCCUGUGGUGAGGGAAGUGGUGUUGGGUGUUUCUUUUGUGUAUGCCAAGGUGGUGGAUUUGUGCUGUUCCAAGAGGGCUGGUGUGGCAGAUUUGGAUGCGUUGAGGUUGUUGUUGAAGGGCAUGGAUGGGAGGAGGGCGGUUGUGAAUGUAGGGAAGAGGGUGAAUUCCAGCUUUGAGUUGGCAGAGUGGGGUGAGGCUUUGAAAGGUAUGCCAAUGCAGGUGCUGUGGUCUGCUGGCUGGUCUCAGGAAUGGAGUCAGGAGGGUGACCGGGUUGCCAGUGCGCUUCCACAGGCCGGUUUUGUUACACAUUCUGGAGGCCGGUGGGCUCAGGAGGACGCAGCAGUGGAGAUAGCUGACAAAAUUUCUCAGUUUGUCUUGUCAUUACCAAAGUCUGGUAGGAAAGUUGAGCAAGAGUCCAUCCCAGAGCACAUACAGAAGAUGCUUGAUGAAGCAAAAAGCAGUGGUCAUGAUCACCACCACCAUCACAGUCAUGAUCAUGGCCAUGGACAUGAUCACUAUGAUGAUGCUCACAUCCAUGGAGCCAAUUAUAUGGACGCAUAUGGGCUUGGUGAUGGACCUCAUGGUUGGUGA